UCGCGGAGGGAGGGAGGGAGGGAGGGAGGGGGGCGGCAGAGAAAGAAAGUCGGCCUCGCGCUGGGUCGGAUAGAGCUCUUUGUGCUGGGGGGGAAGUGAAGCGCGCGCGCGCUCGCCCGCCCGCCCGCCCGGGCCCGAGAAAAGAGGGGAGAAGGAGAAGAAGAAGAAAGAAGAAGAGAAAAAAAAAGAGAGAGAGAGAGAGGGAGAGGAGCCGAAUUCUAAAGCGGCCGCGCGGGUGGGCGAGCGAACGAACGAGCGGGCGGGCGCGCGAAACCGAGAGUCGGAUCGUUAGAAGAGUUGAGAGUGGAGGAGGUGGCGCGAACAAAAAAAACAAAAAAAAACCAAACACCCCGCAACCGAUGAAAAACAACGGCCGGCCCGGGGGCAGCUGUCGAGGGGGGAGGCGCGAGUCGGACGCCCCGUUGUGCGGCUUUGCUGGUGAGGAAAGCCGGGGCAGGAAACGGCAAUUAACUGGGGAAAGGGGAAGAGUUGCUGCCGCCGCCGCGUAGGACCCGCUGUUUAUCUCAGAUACCUUUCAGGAUAAGAAUGGAUCAGCUAUGGUGCUAGCAUCUCAUUUUUCUAGAUACAUUCUUGAAGUGCCUGUUGUUUUUGUAUGCGCCUCUCCUCCUCCUUCCCACCACAUAUUUCAUUGCUCUUAUGGAAGAAUAAAAUGGUGAGAGGCGUCUUCCAGUCUCUUUCUCUCUCCAGGCUGUAAGAGGACUGUAUCACAUUGUGGGAGCAGCACUGGCAGCUGCUGUUGGUUUUCACCUCUUCAGACUCUCAUUUGUAAAGAAUUGAAGGCUUUCUGCAUUUGACAAUGAUGAAGACUGAAGGCAAAGGAGACAGAACUUUAAGAAGUGCUUCUCCGCACAGAAAUGCCUAUAAAACUGAUUUUCAUGCAAUUAAGUGUAGUUUUGAUUCAGUGAAUACUGAUAAUGCUUCCAACAAGUCUAAUCCUCAGCAAAAGUUGACCAACUCAUCCAAUGGAGAAGGUAAUGAUCCACAUGUUCGUGGCAGAGCUGUCUCAUAUGGCAACAGAGUACACAAGAUCAAAAACAUGUUCAUGCAGAUGGGUGGUUCUUCCAAUUCACCAUGUGAAAACAGUUCACCCUCUGAGCCCCGAAUUAUUAAUAAAAUAACUUCAACUGAUCUUGCACUUCCUCCUCCUAGUAGCCCAUCUUAUCUCUGUGUUCAAAAAAAUAACUUACUCAAUAGUGGUUCCUUUUGUAGUUCCCCGGAUCCUUUACCUGCAUGUUCAUUCACUGAUAAAAUUAUCUGCAGCAAAGAAGAGGGAAAUUUAGACAAAGCUACACUAGCAGAGAAGUUUUCUGAGACCAGAAAACUAUUUGAAAGGAACGUUAAGAAACCAAGUUCACUGGAUAGAAGUCCUCCCAUUAAAAGUGAAAGGAUUGAAGACAGGAGACGACAUGGUUCCACUUCUUCUGAUUGCAGCAGUGUGACAGAUCACUUUAAUUUCAAUAUUGAUGUAACUUCUCAGGUUGCUGUAGAGAAUCAAGGAAAUAGUAAUCAAAAGGAACAGCAAUCUACUGGCAGUUGUAAAUCCUCUUCACUGAAUGCAGGACCUAUUUCUCGAAGACUGGAGAGUUUCUUGGCUGAUAUUGACAAUGACGACUUGAAAGAUACUUUGAAAACUAAGGAUAUCCCAAAUCCUGUUCAAACAGUGUUCUGCAGCUGGGAAUCACCAGGAGUUAGGAAAGAAGUAAACGUGCAGCAAAAUCAGCCCAUUGCAGAAGCUUCCCUUUUGAUAAGCAGCACUUCUACGGAAAGGAGUGAGUUAAGUGAUACAACUGAAGUAACUUCUCAAACAGAUCAAACUUCCGAAAAGGAGCAGCAAUAUAAAACCAGCAUAUCCUCUAAAGUGGAUAGAGCCCCUAUAAAAAUUUCUCAAGUAGAAGUAGCUAGAGCUGAACUGAUUAUGGUGCAGAACAAAACUUUAGGGGAUAACAAUGAAAUCACUGGGGAAGUCAAUGUAUUUCAGAAGGAAAAAUCAUUCAGAUUUCCAAGUUGGAAAGAGGAGAGAAACGACUGUACAUUUGAGAAAAUGGAAGAAUCUAAUGAGGAUGGUGCAGUUAAUCAAAAAGCAAGAGAGUUAGUGUUUCUGGACAAAGAGCAGGAACAAGAGCAAGUCCCUGUAAAAUCUGUAGGGGAUAGUGAAGAGGAAGAACAAGAACAGGGAAAGAAAUUUAGUGGGUUUUCUUCCAGUACUUUAGGGAUCGAGAAUGCUGCUUUUGAUGAUGACAGAGAACCAGAAGUACUUAGUCGGGGCCCUGAAACAGGGGAAACCUUGCAAGAGGAGGAAUAUAACUAUAAUAGUGAUUACGAGGAGCUUUCUGGACUUUCUGAGGAAGAAGAUCCUGAUCCAGCUAGAAAAGUGAAGUUUUCUACAGCCCCAAUCAAGGUAUUCAGUACUUACUCAAAUGAAGACUAUGAUAGACGCAAUGAAGAGGUAGACCCUGUUGCCGCAUCAGCAGAAUAUGAACUUGAGAAAAGGGUAGAAAAAAUGGAGGUUUUUCCUGUGGAAAUUGAAAAAGGUGACAAUGGCUUGGGUAUCAGUAUAAUAGGAAUGGGUGUUGGUGCAGAUCAGGGACUGGAAAAAUUGGGUAUCUUUGUAAAAACAAUAACUGAAGGCGGUGCUGCUCAGCAAGAUGGCCGAAUCCAAGUAAAUGAUCAGAUUAUUGAAGUUGAUGGGAUAAGCCUGGUGGGGGUAACCCAGUUUUUUGCAGCAACUGUAUUAAAAAAUACAAAAGGCACUGUCAGAUUUCUGAUUGGAAGAGAAAAACCAGGAACUCAGAGUGAAGUAGCUCGGCUUAUCAGCGAGACAUUAGAACAAGAGAGAUACUUAUAUGAGCAGCAAUAUGCCCAUGAAACAGAACAGGAUGAAGAUUAUGAUGAAGAUGAUGUUUCUUUUGAAUCACAUUUGCAAGAAAAAUCAGUAGAAGUAUUUUAUCUUCCUGAAAAUGAAGAUAUUAACUUCCCAUUAGAUAUGGAUUCUACACAGUUCAUGCUGAAGUUUAAAGAGUUACAAUUAAAGCAUGCAGUUACAGUGGCUGAAGUUAAUCAACUUAAGGAAAAGCUAAAAGCAACAGAAGCUGAAAAGAUUGAAUGGGAGUUAAAGAAAUUGCAGCUCCAGGAAACUAUAGAUGAUAAUAAAGAAAAAAUAAAAAAGCUAGAAACCUACUGGUUAGAAGCCCAGAGUUUAUGCAAAACAGUAAAUGAGCAUCUUAAAGAAACUCAAGAACAAUAUGAUGUGCUGGAAAAAAAAUAUAACAAAGCGAAGAAAUUACUCAAAGAAUAUCAGCAGAAAGAAGAACUCAUGAUAAAAGAAGAUCAAAGAAAAAUUAUUGAAGAGAACAAUCAGGAACAUGCAAAUCAAUUAAAAAAUUUGCAGGAGAAGAUCACAGAGCUUGAAGACAAAUUAAAAAUAUAUGAAAAACUCCCCUAUAUGUUUGGAAGUAGUAUUUUAUUAGACUCUGUCACGCCAAAUACUGAACAACUGGCAGAACAUUUUGAAAUUAAGGAUGAUAUGCAGGGAAUUGACUCUUCAGUGGAGAAAUUAGAUUUUUCUGAUUUUGAUACCUUUGUUGGAGACCCACCAAGGUUAGAUACAAGUGCUCAUAAAGCUAAGGCCCAGCUUGCCUUGAAAGUAAAACGUCAGCCACCUUCUCGGUCAAAGCUAAAGGAAUCUCUUGGUGCCAAACAAAAAGAUAGAAACUCACAGGAUAUUAAUGAUGAUACAAAAGAAAAUACCUUGAGUAAGUUUCCAGAUGUGACAGAAAAAGUCAUUUCAUCACAGCAAAACGAUACCGAUAAAAAAAAUGAUAAAUUGGAGUGUGCUGAAAACAGUGACCUUUUAUUAGAACCAAGUCCACCACUUUCUGUGCACUCUUCUCCAGUGUAUAAACUGCAGACAGAAGACACUGCUGGAAUAGCUCAGUCACUACCUAAUGAUGAUUCUGCUCCAAAUUCUCCUGCUGGAUAUUGCCGAAAUGUUAAGCAAAGAGAAUCGAAAGGAAAGGGGAAAGUGAAUAAAGAUGACAAAAGAGCUGAAGAAAAGGCUGAAUUAGGGGACGGUCCUUCUGUGGGGAAAUACAAAAGACGUUUUCCAGAUUUUGGGGGCCUAAGAAAAUCGGGGGGUAAAGGCAAAAAGCAAGAAAAAGAAAAUGCAAGGGGUUCUCUGGACAGCAGAGGCUCCCGAGAAUUAUUGGAAGACCCUGACAACAAUUUAUCUGCCUCAGAUUCCGAUUCACCUAUUCCUACUUGUAUGCCUUUCUCUUGGUUUGGAGACAGCCAUAAAGAACAUAGCUCUAGUAGCACCCUGAGUUUUUCUCAGGGUGGGCAGGAUAUUGCCAUUGAACAAAGUCAAGAGAAGACCAGAAGCAAGAGUAGAAUUUUCAUAGAUGAUUCAUAUCAUAGCAAGCCAAGUUGUGAUCUGUCAGGGUUAGUGGCAGAGCCUAAUCUUUCAGGGCGUUCACACACUUUAACCUUCUCUUCAGAUGAGACCAUAGAUGAUGAACCUUCAGCUACUGGAAAACAAAACCAGUGGCACAACAGGCCCAUUUCUGAAUGGACUACACAACAGGUCUGCCACUGGCUAAUGGGAAUGAACAUGGAGCAGUACAUCUCGGAAUUCACCACCAAGAAUGUUGAUGGGCAACAGUUAAUGCUACUUGACAGUGAAAAGUUGAAGGCUUUAGGAGUAUCCAGUCAAAAUGACCGAUCAACAAUAAAGAAAAAAAUUAAAGAUAUUAAAAAAACACAAGAAAAACUGGAGAAGCAGAAAGAAAAGUUUCAGAAGAAAGAGAAAGAAGUGCGAAAAACUGGCAAAUUGGUGACUGCUGUGGAAUCAAACUGCUAACAUGAUUUGAUACCAUACUACUUUCUUCUGGAAUAGCUGAAGCUAAACUAGAACUGUACCAAUAUAAAUGCUUCAGUCUUUAUUGGAUAAGAAUCCAACUCGAGAAAGUGUAACAACUGUAUAUUUCUGUAUAAUUAUGGGGGGAAGAAAAUGAUAGUUUUACAGUGACAGACUUAGCUUAGCUCUGAUUUCUAUAGUCCUUUCCCAUUUAUACAGUUGCAUUAAAAUAUUUUCAGUUUUUAUAUUUAGAUUAUUAACUUGUACUAAUCAAUAUUAAAUUAACUAUUUUUCAAGGAAUAUGUAUAUAUGUGUCUGGCUAAUUCCCUGAAGUGUCUUUGGAAAUGGCAUAGACAAUUUAUUAAAAUACAAGAUGUGAUACAAAUUCCAGUAUAACGGGGGUAUGGUAAACAGAUGCUAUCAGGUCAUUAUGGUCUGUUGGAGAUAGUUUGUUGCCCAUAGUAUUGUAUAGAAAGAAAUUAAGUUUUAAGAAGUAAUAGAAAAUUAAUUUAAUGUAAUGAAGUGUUUACAAUCUGUAUUUUUCAGAGUUCAUUUUAAUUUCAAAGCAUUGUAAUAAUAUAAUUCGUUAAUAUUUUCUAAAAUACGUUUUUCUAUGUUUUGAAUAUGUUAAGCAUGACUUCAAAAGUUAUCUUUUAUAUACUUUUGGAUACAAUGUUUUUUAUAGUUCCUGUGAUUAAUCAGAUCAGAAUGCAUAACCCUUUCCUACUUAAAUGUUUGAGGACCAAAUUAUAUUUUUGAUGAUUUUUACAUGCUGUUGGUCUUCCAGAUUUACGUUUUCCAGAUAGACUUAUUCUUAUCUCACUAUUUAAAUUAAACAGAAGGUUUCUGCAUUAUACAUAUUUACACUAUAGAAUUCAAUAUGUCUUUGUUUUCAUGAAUAAUUAUUUGUUCUCCAGAAUGGUGUAAAUCACAAUUGAUUUGCCAUUGAGCAGCAGCACAAUCUUUUGUAAAAUACGCUAUCUUAGAAUGACACUUUUGAAAAAUGGAAUAAAUUUUGUUCAAAAAAAGAAAAA